CAUUGAUCAGUGUCAUCACUCGAAAUCAGCUCCAUGCAGCAAGAACUCCCUCGUGCAUUUGCCGCAGAUCACUUGUCUUCCCUUCCAGAGUCCCAACCUUCCGCGCAUAAGAGAGGACCUACCCUAAGGUACUUAGCCCUGGACUGAAGGGGAAGGCUUAGGAAACCAAAAAGAGUUGCUGUGAGCAAGACCAGUAGCACCAUAAUUUGAACUGUGCCUUGAUACCUUUGACUGGCAUUUAGUGGGCAGCUCCGAGCUGAUCUACUUUUGUCAGUUUCGUCUGUGAAGUGCUCUGCGAGGAUGGCUUCUCGUGGUGAGAAGCGUCCGUAUGAUCUGCGAGACAACCAUGGGCCUACCAAUGCUGCAGAGGAUUCCCGCGAGAAGCGGCAGAGGACACCAGCAUUUGCAAACGUGGUCCAGGAGGCGGUGAAGGCGGACUCGCUGCACAAGCUGGCCCAGGGCCUUGAGCCAAUGCUCCGCCGCAUUGUGGCGGAGGAGGUGGAGAAAGCGUUUGCCAAGCACCAGCCCCCCGCUCACUCCCGCCAGCAGCGUCCAGCGCUGCCUGCCGCGGCCCCGCCUGGCCCCGUCCUGCGGCUGGCGUUUGUCAACAAGCUGUCGCUGCCGCUGUACACGGGCAGCCGCGUCGAGGCGGAGGACGGCGCACCCCUGCAGGUCGUGCUGCAGGACGCCGCUACGGGGGAGGCCGUGCGCAGCGGGCCGGCCGCGCAGUGCCAGCUGCAGGUGGUGGUCCUGGAGGGCGACUUCAACAUGGACGACGACGAGAUGUGGCCUGCGGACGUGUUUGAGAGCAACAUCGUGCGCGAGCGCGACGGCAAGCGGCCCCUGCUCACGGGGGAGCAGCUGCUAUGCUUCCGUGGCGGGGAGGGCACCAUUGGGGACAUCACCUUCACCGACAACUCCAGCUGGAUCCGCAGCCGCAAGUUCCGGCUCGGGGUGCGCGUAGCUGCCGGCGCAGAGGGCGUGCGCGUGCGGGAGGCCAAGACGGAGGCCUUCACCGUCAAGGACCACCGCGGCGAGCUGUACAAGAAGCACUACCCGCCAGCACUGCAAGACGAGGUCUGGCGGCUGGACCGCAUCGGUAAGGAUGGCGCGUUUCACAAGCGGCUGAAUGCGGCGAGCAUCACGACGGUGGAGGACUUUCUGCGCAUGGUGGUGAUGGACCCGCAGAAGCUGCGCAACAUCCUGGGCAGCGGCAUGAGCAACAAGAUGUGGGACGGCACCGUGGAGCACGCCAAGACGUGCGUGCUCAACGGCAAGCUGCACGUGUACUACGCGGACGAGAGCCAGGGCGUGGGCGUCAUCUUCAACAACAUCUUCCAGCUCAUGGGCCUCAUCGCGGACGGGCAGUACAUGAGCGUGGACGCGCUGUCCGACAACGAGAAGGUCUACGUCGACAAGCUCGUCAAGGUCGCCUACGAGAACUGGGACGAUGUCGUCGAGUACGAUGGCGAGGCGCUCAUUGGCUUCAAGCCCGCCAAUGUGCGUGCCCUGGAGCCGCCGCUGCAGCAGCCCCCGCCCCAGCAGCGCGCCUACGCGGCAGCUGGGCCCAGCACAGGCCGGGGGGGCAAUGAGCGCACCACCUCGGCGGGGGCAGAGAACCAAGCGAGUCAUGGCCCCCCCCCUAGCGCCCCGCUCGACGCCCCCACUGCGCAGAGCUUCAUGUCCCCCCCGGGUCGCCCCCCCGCCCCCUUCACCGACUCUGCCAACUCGGACCUCAGCUCGGGCCCCCCCUCCUCGCGCGGGCCGGUGCCCCCUCUUGAGGACGACCUGGCCGCCCAGCAGCUGCCCGAGGCAGGCGCCAUUCUGGACGACAUGUCGCGCGCCUUCCAGGUGGCCCGGGGCUUCCGCGCCCCCGAGGGCACGGCCCCCGCUGCGGAGCCGGGCCCGGUGCUGCCGCCCCACAGCCACAACCUCCCCUCGGCCGGGCCGCCCCCGCCCCCCACCAGGGCGCCAAUUCUCUCAGCGGGGGUGCGAGCGGGGGAGGGCGCGGCGGGGCCCAGCACAGAGCUGAGCGGCCUGUUUGAGGACGAGGCGGCGCGGCUGCGCUCGACGGAGGCGGUGGAGUCGGAGGACAUGCACGCCCAGAUCCAGCAGCUACUGCGCAUGUUCAACGACGGCGCGCAGUCCCCGGGGGUGCUCUCCGCCGACCUGCAGCAAGGCGCGUUUGCGGCCGACCUCGACAAGACGCUCCGCGAGUUCGGCCUCGCCCAGGAGUUGGAGGCGGGGACGCCCCCGGAGAAGAUCAAGCUGAACGGGGCCCACGUGGGCUGGCUCAAGCUCAAGGCCGCCCUGCGAUGGGGCAUCUUCAUCCGCAAGCGUGCAGCGGAGCGGCGCGCGCAGAUGCAGGGGAGCACGGACGAGGCAGCCUAAGCAAGGGGACGCAUGUAAAGAUGCUUUUGGCUUCAUGCCAUUGCCUAUCAAUCUCUCACGUUUGAGCAUUGUAUGCUUUAGGAACGGUGUAUGAUAUAUGAAGUACGUUUGUGGUAAAGAAGGGGUCGGAUGUAAAGGCUGAAAUGCCCUUGAAUCAAAUCAAGUCAAAGAUGAAGAGUGUUCGAGCGGGCCUCUAAGAACCUAUAGAGAGCUCGAGUCCUUGUGGAGCUCCUCGUAAAUUACGACUCUUGCUAUAUUCUGUUGUAAAGAUUUGUCUAGUUUACGAGAACAUUUUCCCCAAGUAUCCGAGCUACAGCAUCUUAGCAAGAUGCUGACAAUAUGCUGUAGGUGAUUCAAUGAUUGAUGCAAGGGCAACAAAAGCAAUGGUGUCCGACAUACGUUUUGUAUUGUGACGG